AUGCUCUCCCUAUUCAAUCGAUGGCUUGCACUGCGACCAGCCUCUCUAAACCGCACGUUAUAUACCCGACCAGCGAAAUUUAUCGAAUUAAGCCCACGAGGAAGUCUCAUUGAAAGUAAGGUUGACAUCACCAUGGGGGAUCCGCAUGAAGCAUUCAUCUUGUUGCCAAAGGACGUGGGUCAUGCUUUCCGAGGAGCAAUUUCAAGGGACGGUUCCUUGUUAGUGAGAGAUGAAGAUGUUUGCCCAUUAAUUUUUCACCAUGAAACCCGACAUUUUGCCAACGAAUCUUCCCCUUAUCCUCAACUCAAAAUACCUCAAGAUCUCCCUUGUCAAUCCAAUACAACCGCGAGCCCUGCUACACUUUAUCUCCUUCCCGCUACUCAUACAAUCGCACUAGAUGGAACACGGGAUGGUAGGAUUCUCUGCACAUACAUUGUCGGCCCAGCAACUGACUAUUUACUAGCACAAUACACGCGAGACCUGCUGAAUUCCACACGCAAAUUCAAGGAUGACCUUGAUAAACUAAAGGACAAAUAA